AUGGGAGAGCAAACCUCGGCAACCACUGGUCGAAUCGACGUACCCGAUGGCUUCAACGAUAGCUGGGACUCGUGCGAGCACGGCGAACGUUGUUGCGUGUCAAUUAACGACCUGUGCGCUGAGAUCAAAGGGCGAUCUCGUAUACUAGCUUUUUACGACACCGCCCUACGGCGCCACCUUGCCCCCGUGGGAGGGCAUAUCUCCGCAACCACCGGUCGGAUGGACGUUCCCGAUGGCCUCAACAAAAGCGGGGAAUCGUUCCAGCACAGCGGACGUUGUCGCGUGUCAUUUAACGACCUGUGCGCUGAGAUCCGGGCGGUGUCGUAUAUAAGCUUAUUUACGCCACCGCCCUACGGCGCCACAGUGCCCCGUGGGGGAGCAUACCUCGGCAACCACUGGUCGGAUGGACGUUCCCGACGGCUUGAACGACGGCUACGGAGUGUAGUCAACCAGCACAACAAGAAGACCCUUGAAUACCGGCACGACGAGUUCCUCCCGGCGCUGUUCGACACCCGUGACUACAUGGAGGUAUGGAUUCCGAAGGGCAAGGAUGAAGCGAUCGUCUGGGGUGUUGACGUCGAGACGGUGGAGGAGACCGAGCGCUUGCCGGAUGGUGGUGUCUGGGUUUGUGUCGAUGAUCUCGAGUCUGCGCUGGCAGACUUGCCCGAAGACCUGCAAGCCAGAGUGCAGAGCAAGAAAACCUACCCUGACGGGAGGCGGGCCAUGCUUCUCUACCAGGACGAGAGCAUUUUUCGAGCCAACGACGACCAGAGGCGCGCGUGGUAUCGGGACGGCCAGCAUGUGCCCGUGAAGAAGUCACAAGGCCAGGGGAUCAUGGUGUCGGGGACGAUAAUCCACAACGUUGGCUUCUUCUCGGCGUCGCGGGCACAGAUCCAGGACGCGGAGCGCAACCGCAGGAAACGAUGCGCCGCCUCAGCUGCCGCGAAGCGACGGGGGGAAAACGUGAAGGUGGAGAAGUUCCGCCCCAUCGACAUGCUUCAUGAAGACGAGCAUGGACAGUACUGGUCCUACCACCUCUUCGAGUACGGCAAGAACAAGGAGGGAUACUGGACCGGGCUCAGGAUGCUGGACCACAUGUCAGACGUGCUCGACAUGUUCACAGUUCUCUACCCUGAGCACAAGCCUGUAGGCCUGUUCGACUGGCCGUCCUGCCAUGACUGCAUGGAGGUCGGCGCACCGUCGGUGAAGAGAAUAAACUUGGGUGUUGGUGGUGUGAGGAACGGAGAAGAGCUUGCGCCGAUGGANUGAUAGUAAAGGCUUACCCAUUAGAC